AUGGCAUUGUGGCACUACCGAGUCUGGAGGCGUUGUCUGGGCUUGGACAUUACUACGGCCUUUGUUUCCAAGCAUUCGCGACCACUCAGCACUUUGUUCUGUCAAUCAGCGGGAUGGCCAGUCCCCCCUUUCCCUCAGCCUCCACGUCUUGUUUGCCUCUCGUUUAAAUUUCCCGACCAACCAACUACUGGCCCUGCAAGGCUGGCCGCACACCCACUGGCCUACAAGAUACGCCACAGACACUCGAGCCUGCGCAAGUAA